GACGAGGGUAAGUCCCACGCGUGGGAUUUUCGUGCGCAUCUUUCUCGCGCACCCUGUAGGUCCCCACUACUGUGCUAGCGCAAAGGCCAUGCGCCAAGCAAGGAAUGCGCUAACGGCUGCGCACUAGAACGCAACCGAGGAGUGGGGACUAGAGGGACUCUUGUCUGGCAUCGCUGGCCUCAGUAGUAGUCUCGCUGUCAGACGGGCCACUCGACAGCGUGAAUUUUAUUUUCUGCGUUACAAAAUUGGUAUUCACUGAAAUUUUAAAAUUUCAUUGAGUCAAUUAAAUUUUUUGCCCCCAUGUGACCCUUAACCGGGGUAUUCACUGAAGUUGCCAAAUUCAAAAUUUCAGUGAAUACCUCCUCGGGCUUCUCCCGAUACUUUUUGGUUAAGGUUUACAUGGGGGCUAAACAUUUAAGUGACUACAUACAAUUUUCAAUUUCAGUGAAUAUCAAUUUCGUAACGCAGAAAAUAACACUCACCCUGUCGACUGGUUUCUCUGACAGCGGGAUUGCUACUGAGGCAGUUACCGAGUCGGUUGACGGGCAGACACCCCCAUUGCGUGUGGCGCCCUCCCUCUCUUGGGGUGCAAUACUACGAUGCCGCUGAGAUCACUGCAACCACCAGAACUGUGCCUCUACCUUAGUCAAUCCUCUUUGACCAUACAUUUGUAGAAUCAAACGACCUUACGUCACAGAGGACAUUGAAAAAGGUCAAUUCAAAUGCCUGGAUAGUAUAUGAAAUCUUCGCGCCGAGGUCGUCCAUUGAAAAUGGCGCAGAUGGUGAGGUGUAGAGUCGGCCUGUUAUCAUUGAGAUCUCUAAAAAAUCCAGUGUCACGUAUUAUUCUCCCAGAGAAAUACCAGAGAUUAUGUUUUCACACGAGUUGGUUACUGAAUGUCAAGGGGAAAGAGGUGCUGAUGCCCUCUCUUUCUCCAACCAUGGAGACGGGGACAAUCGUCAAGUGGAUGAAGAAAGAGGGUGACCCGAUUCAGCCAGGAGAUGCACUGGCUGACAUACAGACUGAUAAAGCUGUCAUGACGUUUGAAAUGGACGAUGAGGGUACCCUUGCAAAAAUUGUCGUACCUGAGGGCACCAAAGACAUCAAGGUGGGAACCCUCAUUGCCCUCACUGUCGAACCUGACGAGGACUGGAAGAGCGUGGAAAUGCCUGGGGGCACUGCAGUAUCUGCACCUACUCCGUCAGCCCCUUCUGCUGGAGCUGCUCCUGUCCAAGAGGCAGAACCACCUGCUGGACAAGUGAAUGUUGCAAUGCCAGCAUUAUCUCCAACCAUGACAUCAGGAACGAUCGUCAAGUGGUUGAAGAAGGAGGGAGAUGAAAUAUCCCCUGGUGAUGCCAUCGCAGAUAUUCAAACAGAUAAGGCGGUAAUGACAUUUGAGAUGGACGAAGAAGCCGUUCUUGCGAAAAUUCUGGUUGAAGAGGGAUCCCAGGUGGAGGUGGGACAGUUGAUAGCAGUGACAGUAGAGAGAGGAAUGGAUCCAAAAUCCAUCGUCAUCCCCACAGCCACGAAACCUUCGGCAAAACCCACAGCUUCAGCAUCGAAACCUGCAGGUUCCCCUGCUGCUUCCUCUAAGGUCUCUUCUCCCUCAGCUGGUAGUCAACCACCUCCCAGUGGACAGGUGUAUGGACUGGCUGUGAAACGAUUACUGGAGGAGUACGGACUCAGCUCUGGAUCUGUCAAGGGCACUGGCAGGCCCAAUCGUCUCCUCAAAAGUGAUGUGCUUUCAUAUAUUCAACAGAAUAAUCUUCAGCGAGUAGAGCCAGGGGCUGCAGCAGCACCUGCGAAAGCAGGAGCUCCUAGUACUCCUUCAGCACAGCCCAGAGUCUCAGCUCCACGAAAAUCAGGGCCCUCAACUUACAGAGAUCUCGAAAUAUCGAACAUCAGAGCAGUUAUUGCUAAACGACUUGGAGAGUCUAAGCGCGACAUUCCUCAUUCGUACGCAACAGUCGAUGUGAGAAUCGACAAACUCACCGAAACACGUGAAUCGCUCAAAUCCGAAGGCAUCAAAGUCUCUGUCAACGAUUUUGUCACGAAAGCUGUGGCUCAUGCUCUUCUCCAAUGUCCUGACAUCAAUAGUUUAUACAAAAACGGACAGACAGUGAGAAUGCAGAAUAUCGAUGUAUGUGUGGCGGCCUCAACCCCCGCAGGGCUCAUCACGCCAAUUGUAUUUAAUACUGUCAGUAAAAGCUUGAGUGACAUCUCCAAAGACAUCAGAACACUCGUCGGUAAGGCGAGCGAGGGUACUCUAAAGCCUAAUGAAAUCCAGGGCGGAACUUUCACGAUAUCGAAUCUAGGGAUGCUUGGGAUUAAAGAGUUUUCGGCUAUAAUAAAUCCUCCACAGACUGCCAUUCUCGCUGUGGGAACUGGUCGUGAAGUUCUGGACACUGCACUCAGAAGGGUAUCGCUAAUGAGUACGACUUUGUCGUACGACAGUCGAGCCAUUGAUGAGGAUCAGGCUGGGGAUUUCUUGGCGGUUCUCAGGUCCAUUCUGGAGGAUCCAGCAUUGCUCACUGUGGGGAGGGGUCAACAAGCUAUGAGACACCGGCGUUAGAUAUCAAAAUUUAAUUGGACUCGUGCCAUACUGCCAAGUGUGAUCGGACCGACGAACAAAGUGUUCAUGAUCCAAAGACCGAGAGAAAGAGAAAACGAUCUUGAGGAUUUCUCCGAUAGAGCCCUUAGGCUCAGAAUAUUAGAAUGCAAAAAAAAAUCAUUCAGCACACUGCAUAAUUCGGUAAUAUUAAUUUGCACACUAGGGCAAUAUUGAAUGAUAUCUAUUUGAGCUGCUGUAUAAAACAAAAUUAACCGGGAAAUUGAUAUUCCCUGGCACAUGUGGGGAAUAACUAACUAGAGUGGAAUCAUUGGCUCCGUCAAUGUAAUUGUAAAUAAACUAUUUAUUGACCCACAA